AUGCUCUGCGCCGAAUGCUCCCACCCCCUUCCCACGAACCGUACCCCACAAACAAUCUGCGCCAAAUGCAAGACGCCUCUCGCAACCUGGUGGGAUGAGACCACACAGACACACCGCACGAACCGCGAGUCCAUCAUGGUGGAGACCUUCGACAUCAAUGCUAAGAAUGGGGCUCUUGGGAACGGUUAUGGCGGUAAUGGUAGAUUCAAGAGGAGGAAUGUGCAGAGCAUAGAGGAGAAGAGUUUCAACGGCGCGUUGGUAGCUGUGAAGGGUCAUUUUGAGGGGCUGAAGUUUGGGCCGAAGAGUAGUCCGGAAGUGAGGAAGAUGGUGGCGGGGACGUUGGAUAAGAGUUUGAAUGCUGCGGAUGUUAGGUUUGUUCCCGUUUCUUUCUGUCCUAUCUCCAAGAGAGUAAAAGAAACUGAUUGUGUGCCACUGGGGAAAAGAGAACGCCUGGCGAAAAAUAUAGACAUCUGGCAGCGACUCCGUCAAAUUUUCAUCCUCGCGCUGCCUAAACUCUCUAGACUCUCUCUGCGCGAAUCCUACGACGUACCGGAAUCCGCGACACUCAUCCUAAACAAUUAUGCGGUGUUGAAGGAGGAUUUGCAGUAUUUGAAUAAUCUGUUGGUGAUUAGUAGGAAUAUGUUGGCGAUCAAAGAGACAGCGCAGGAGAUUUGCGCAAGAGUGGGCUUUGAUGAGGAGGUGCGCAUGAUGGUCGUGCUGUGUGUUAAUGUUACGAGUAAGGGGUAUGAUGGGGAGAGUGUGGGGGAGGGCGACAGAGGGAGGCUGUUGGAGAUUACCGAACUUUAUAAGAAGCUCCUGGUUACAUGUCUACAGCAUACACAUAACUGGACAAUGGGCAACGACCGCUUCAAGAUGUCGUUUUGGUUCGAGAUGCUGUUUGAUGAAGGUUGGGAUAAUGAGUUACCGGAAAUAGGACCAGAUGGACUUGAUGUGCGGAAAGUGCAUCAGGAAGUAAAGAAUUGGUUAUGGAGGCAUAACAAAAGAAAUGAGGAGGCAACGCGGCUUCUUGCAAAGUAUGAGGCGGAUGUUCCCACCGGUGAUACCCCUGGUCCGCUCCCGGAAGAGGAGGAAGAAUCAAGGGAGACGGUAGAAGAAUCUACGACGCCGAUUUGGACGUCACCAGAAUUGGAGGACAAGUACCAGCAAGACAAACUGUAUGCGAGGGUCUCGCAUCAAAUUGAUGUUUGGUGGAAGAGAGUCCGGGAUGCGAAUUAUGAUGGAUGGGUUGUGCCUAUGGAGACGGUUGAGGGAGCAAAAGAACGCGCGGAUCAGUGCAAGGAGAAUGCUAUGCAGCGGUAUAUUCCCAGUCGGGGAGAUCAAGACCGAAAUUACGAUAAUGAUGAACAAUACGAGGAGCAACAACCGGAGGGAGCUCUUGCGGAUGAUGAGAAUGAUGCUAGGUCACUUCAAGGGGAACACGGGGACGAAGAAGAGGACGAAGAAGAAGAGGAAGACGAGGAUGAUUCGUAUGUUGAGGGACCAUUACGAGGACUUUUGACGGAAAUUCCAAAUAUCCUAGACACGAAACAGAUCGAAGCUCUACAUAUGACUGUCAAGGCCUGUAUCGUGGAUUCCAUGGGCUCUGGUCUGACUCCAGCCGGAGAGAACCUCCAGAAGACUCGGUGUAAAAUGUUCCUAGCUCUCGACUGCGGCAAGAACCUCCUUCGAGAAAUGCUAGUCUUCAUCGCAGUCUGGGAGCAAACGGAUCAGCAAUUCAUAUUCCAAAUAACCGCCCAAAUUAUCGAAUCCUUUCACCACAACGCCCUUCUCCCCUACGCCUGGAACUGUCUUCGAAUUCUCAAAGACAUCGUCUCGCCUGCCCAAACCGUGCUCCUCCGCCUAAUCAACUACAUGUUCCGUGCCCGUAAAGACAGUCCCAUCUACGACGACUUAAAAGAUUACAACCGUGACGCAAAACUAAUCCACUUCCUCUACAACUACUUCCGCUGCCGCGUCGUCCCCGACUGCGUGGCGCUCAUCCACGCCCAAGCACAGAUCCGCACUGGCAAAACCCACCCUUCGGAAUUCCCUGUCGAUCUCUGGGAUAUGGAACGCGCGAAAGACGGACUAUCGCAAUAUCUAGAUUUCAUAUCCGUCAUUGCCGAAAUCCCUGAGAUGCGGCAUUUGCUGAUAGAGUGGGAUUGUGUCUACGAACUCAUCACUCUACUCAAGAAUCUUGAAGCAGGAGUCGCGAGAAAAGGACUUGAUGAAAAACCACAAGCGAACGUACCACCACUUCACGACACACCGCAUAAAUUUCCGUGGGCAGGCAUCAAGAUCCAGAUCCUGAUAAUCCUCACCUCGCUCCUGGCACCCACUAACGUCCGGCGCACCGGACCGGGUAAUCCAAUUGUACAAAAGCAGUUACUAGAUCACACUGGUAUCAUGCCAUUGCUGAAUUGCUGCGUUUAUGAUGGGUAUAACGAGUACCUCAAAGAACGUGCGACACUUGCUAUCAAGUUUGUCAUGGAAGGCUGCGAAGAAGCGCAAAAAUUCGUAAGGGAAUUAGUUCCCAUGAAACAGGCACAAGCAAGAGCACAACAGGAACGUGCGCAGAUGGGUGCCCAAGGUGCUUUGAGUGCUGAAGCGGAACUGGCGAGACGACUGGAGAGUGUUAGGAUGGCUGGUGGAGGAAGUGUGGUUGAGGGGGUUAAGAGUGCGUUGAGGGAGAAGGGGCAUGUGGUUGAGGGUGAUGAAGAUGCGAGGAUUUUAGUUGAUGAGAUGAGGGAGGGGGAGGUGAAGAGUGAAAAGGCUAGAGGGAAGGAGAGGGAA